ACGAACAGCUAAACCCCUAGGUACGUCGCGGUAGUCGACGAGAACAACACAUCAACAACUACAGGGAAUAUUAAAUAGGAAGAUUGUAAUUAGGACAGUGAAGAAAGGAAAUCCUAAAAAUGUCUGAGAAAUUUAUGAAAAUUACCUAUCAAGGCCCGCCGCCCGCAACGAAGUUGAAUGCAUAUUUGCGUAUGCCUUCUCAGACCUAUGCCGUAUUGCGUCGUGAAAUUGACAUGUAUUUGUUCCAAGAACGUCAAUUGCCAAAGGCCGAGAUUAAGACUUUUUGGAUUGACGCCGAUAAUGAUGAAAUCGAGAUCAUCAAUCAAAUUGAUUAUGAUAUUUUUUUGAGCAAAUAUCGAAGCAGUAUGCAUCUGCAAAUUGCAGCCAUCAAACGGAGGGUGGCCCCCAAACCGGUCUCUGCUCCCAGCAAUUUCAUCAUCCAUGACAAGAUCACGUGCGACAUCUGUGGACUUUGUCCAUUAGUGGGAUUCCGCUACAAGUGCAUCCAAUGUCGCAACUUCGAUCUUUGCCAGGCCUGUGAGGCAGCCCACAAGCAUCCGGAACAUAUGACGAUCCGCAUGCCAACUAAUCACAGGCGAUACAAAGUGUUGCCUAAACCUUCGGGGAACGGUUGGGAAAUAGUUAGUAACUCUUAAAAUUUUAAAUUUUUGAAGAAUUUUAAUAACCAUAACAGGUUUAUACUAUGUAUGUACAUAUGUAUAUAUAUAACUACAUUUUUCAAUUUA